CUUCCAGCACAGCAACAUAGCAGUGUAAACCUGCACAGCUCUAUGGAAAAACCUAAGUGGCACUUCUUUUAAACUUGGGGUACCAGACGCCCCAGUGUGGCCCUUAUUGCUUCUGACAGCAUAAAGGAGGAGGUAGGAUUGAGGAUGGAUUGCUAAGGAUGGCAAGCGACGACAAGAAAGGCAUGCUAGGCAUUGCGAAGAUAUUGCACAGAAGUUGUACACCUUACCUAGCAAGACUGCGUUCUCCACCAUAUAUUGCUUUCUAAAUCUAAGGAUUUCACUCUCAUCUGAAGACCCCCUGCCCUGUCUUGCCAUAAAAAAGAGAGAACUUCUCACCUCUCCCCCUUUUUUUUUUUACUAAAUCUUAUUACCAGAUCUGGAUUGUGUCUUUUCUUUGAAGAAAGAAAGGAGUUUAACUUUGCGAUAAAAAUACAUAUCUUCCUAUAUAUGUAUGUUGAUCAAAGGGUGGUGGGGGAGACACCCCAGCCUUGUUACAGGAUGCUUUGACACUAAGACCUGUAAGAGCCAUGAAGGAAUUGCUGCUUUGUAAUUAAGAGGAAAAAAUAUAUAUUCCGGAGACGAAAGAAAAAGGAAUUGCUGGAUGACAGAGGAUGGGUUUCCAACUGAUGAAUCAGCUGAAAGGCAUGAGUUUAACAGUGAUACUUCUGCCUGCGCUCAUGGUGGUGAUGGUUGUGGGGGCACAGAAAGCUUGUCCAAAGAAUUGCAGGUGCGAUGGGAAAAUUGUGUACUGCGAGUCCCACGCCUUCAGAGACAUCCCUCACAAUAUUUCCGGUGGCUCCCAGGGACUAUCCUUGCGUUACAACAGUAUCCAGAAACUGAAGUCCAACCAAUUUUCUGGCCUUAACCAGCUGGUCUGGCUAUACCUUGACCAUAAUUACAUAAGUACAGUAGAUGAGGAUGCUUUCCAAGGUAUUCGGAGGUUGAAAGAACUUAUCCUGAGUUCUAAUAAAAUUACCAACCUGGCAAAUGCCACAUUUCACCCUGUUCCCAACCUGCGAAGUCUGGAUUUAUCAUACAACAAGCUGCAGACACUGCAGUCAGAACAGUUCAAGGGUCUCCGCAAGCUCUUGAUACUGCACCUGCGUUCCAACUCACUGAAAACUGUACCAGUCAGGGUUUUUCAGGACUGUCGCAACUUGGAUUUUCUGGAUUUGGGUUAUAAUCGACUGAGGAGUUUGUCUCGAAAUGCAUUUGCUGGUCUCCUCAAACUCACUGAACUUCACCUGGAACACAAUCAGUUCUCUAAGGUGAACUUUGCUCACUUUCCCCGCCUUUUUAACCUACGCUCUCUUUUUUUGCAAUGGAACAGGAUCCGUUCCAUCAGCCAAGGAUUAACCUGGACUUGGAGUGCCCUACACAACCUUGACUUGUCAGGAAAUGACAUCCAGAACAUAGAGCCUGGAACUUUCCAGUGUCUCCCUAACCUGCAGAAGCUUAACUUGGAUUCCAACAAACUCACUAAUGUCACCCAGGAAACCAUAAAUGCUUGGAUAUCUCUGACCUCCAUAACACUUUCUGGAAAUAUGUGGGAGUGCAGCAAAACAAUAUGCCCUCUGGUCUUUUGGCUAAAGAACUUCAAGGGAAAUAAGGAGAGCACCAUGAUUUGUGCUGGCCCCAAGCACAUCCAAGGAGAGAAAGUUAUUGAUGCGGUGGAAACCUAUAACAUCUGUAAUGAGAGCCCUAUGUUAGUGACUGAAAAAGCUUACCAGACCACCAAAGCACCACCAAAACCACAGUUUGUACCCAAGCCAACAGUAUACAAGUUGGAAAGUAUCCCACCUACAUCCUUUACCCCAAGCCCUUCUCCAGAACUGCAGACAUCCAUGGCUGAACAAGAGUAUGAGCAUGUUUCUUUUCACAAAAUAAUUGCUGGGAGCAUAGCCCUUUUCUUGUCGGUGGCAAUGAUCCUGUUGGUCAUAUACGUAUCAUGGAAACGUUACCCUGCAAGCAUGAAGCAGCUACAGCAAAACUCAAUGAUGAAGAGGAGGCGAAAAAAGGCCAGAGAGUCAGAGAGACAAAUAAACUCUCCGUUACAGGAGUAUUAUGUGGACUACAAACCAUCCAACACUGAACCCAUGGAUGUAUUGGUUAAUGGAUCUGGACCCUGUACAUAUACCAUCUCUGGUUCCCGGGAAUGUGAGGUCCCGCGGCAUAUCAAGACUCUACCAUACUACACUUAUGACCAACCCAUGGUUGGGUAUUGCCAGACCCACAAGUCACUCCUUGUAAAUAAGGGCUACGAUGGCACGUCUCGAGAUCAGAGAGAGACAAGCAACUUAGAGCUCAGUAGGGACCAGAGCUACAUUUCAACUAUAGCACGUUCAGCGGCGCCUGCCAUAUACAUUGAAAGAAUACCAAACCAAUAAUGUCUGGAGUCAUAUUCUGGGGUUGUGCACCUACUGUAAGUGGAAGAGCAGUCCAACACACUGUUAACAAAUGGGAAGUCCCUGUACAAGAUAAAUACUUUGAAAAUAACUCAAAAUUAAAAAACAAACAAAAAAACUUUGAGCAACAGGAGUCAGAACAUAAACUGGAGACUUGGGGACAACACGGAUUUUCUUGGCUUUAAACAAAUAUCUGAACCCUACUGAUGUAAAAAAAAAAGAAUAAUAAUGAAAAUAAUUAAAAAACAUAUGGAUCUACAUACGGAAUUUCUAAGCCAGAUCUGGAUCCAUUCUGGCUGCUUAUGGGAGAGGAAUAAAUCUGCUUGUAUAUUUAAUUUUGUUUUCUACACAUUGCAUGGUUCCAAUACAAUGAACCAAAGGGAGAGACUAUGGGUUUGGGGUAGGGAAUGCUUCUUGCUUCAUGUUGAAUUACCCAGUGGGUCUCUUUAAACUGUGUUUAUUUACCGUUUCCCUGUUUGAUUUCAAUCAUGCUGGCAACUUCAGAAAACAGAGCGAUCGGAAGAGAGCCUCCAUGAAAGGGGUAAAUUACCAUGCAGUGUUGAAAGUUAAGCCACUGAAAAUUGGUAAAGUGGGGUGAUGAUCAUUUUUAACCCCUACUUAAAUACAUAUAGACCACCAUUUCCCAAAUCAAUUUAUUUGGAUUUAAAAAUCACAAAAGAUGGUAAAAU